AUCCUCUCUAGCCUCGCCGGCAAGCGCACGCGGCCGACCGUCGACGGCAAUGGAGCAGGCGGGAGCCGCGACCGCCGGCGCACAGCGCGUGGAGAUCUGCGCAGGCGCAAAUUCGCACGGCUCGCAACUGUGAACGGCAUCCCGCUGUGAGAGCAUCACAUGCAACGGCUCGCUGCGUGCGGGCCGGCGGCGCCUUGCCGUAGCGCGCGCUCCCGAUUUGCUGCUGCUCGUGUGCCAUUGAGAGCCUGCUGAGCAGGCGUGCAGGCUGCCAUCCGCCUGGCCUUGCAUCACGACUUGUGACUCUCGCCAGAGAUCCGCGAGCUCCACACGCCUUCCUCACCUCCAUCACCAGCCUCCUACACGUCGCCGCGAUGGUCUCUGUGCUCGCCGCUCCCAGUCUCCCCCUGCGUGACGCCUCGGUGCUCAGCAGCGCCAGUGCAUCUGCACAGAGCGCCGAUCUCGCAUGGGCGUACACCUCGCAGGCCGACGUGGUGCUGGGCGGCGGCUGGGACUACGACGAGGGUGCUGCGCCCGCCACGCCGCCUUAUGUGCCUGAUCCGCUGCCGUCGCGCGACGACGACGGAUCAAGCAGCAGUGCCUCCUCGCGCAGCACCUCGCCCUCGCCGACGCCCACCUCGCCCGGCGAGAGCUCGGCGGCCGGCACUGCGGCAAAGACGCUCAGCUCGUCGGGCCUCCUUGUGCGCUCCACCACGCAGGGCUGGGAGCGCUCCUUCGACCUCAACUACGACUGGCCCGUGCCCGCCAUUGCGGCGCCAGACGAGGUGCUGAUCCGCAACGAGGUAGUCGGGCUCAACCCGGUCGACUUUAAGAGCAUUCUGUACAACUUUGGCAUUCCCGACACGCCCUGGGUGCUCGGGCGCGAUGUGAUGGGCACGGUGCAGGCCGUCGGCAGUGCGGUGAGCGGCUUCUCGCCGGGCGAUCGAGUCUGGACGUGCGCCGACUCGCGUGAUCGCCGAGCGGGCGCCUACCAGACGCGCAGUGUCUCGCGCGCCGCGCAUCUCUGCCACCUGCCUGCGUGUGUGUCGGACGACGAGGGCGCUACGCUCGGCACGGGCCUCGUCACCGCGGCCGUGUGUGCGUACUGGUUCCUGCGCCUGCCUGCGCCCGCGAGCCGCGGCGGCGACGUGCUUGUGGGCUCCAGUCGGCGCGGCAGUCAGGAACUCGGCGGACAGUGGCUGCUCGUGUACGGAGGCGGCGCAGUCACGGGCCAGUACAUCUCGCAGCUCGCACACCUGGCCGGGCUCAGCGUGCUGGCCGUGGCCUCGCCGUCGAACUUCGAGCACCUGCGCACCUCAGCCGGCGUCUCGGCGUGCGUGGACCGGCAUCUCGACGCCUCGCAGCAGCUGGCGCAGAUCCGCGAGCUCACAGGCGGACGUCUGCGCUAUGCCGUCGACUGCGUCGGAAGCAGUACGGCCACGCUGUGCGCGCAAGCACUGCAGCAGAGCGACGUACCCGACGUCGAGUUCAUCGGCCUCGCCGGCAAUCCCAAGCCGGUGGGCGAGGCGCAAAAGGAGAUCAAGAUCCACAAGAUCAGCUUCUCCACCACAAUCUACGGCGACGACGCGUUUGCGGCGCGCCUCUUUGAAGACCUCGCUGCGCUGCUUUCGACGCGGCAGCUGCUGCCUAUGCGGCCCGUCGUUGUGCCGCACGGUCUCGCCGGCAUUCGUCGCGGACUGGAAGCGCUGCGCGACGGCACGGCGCCGCGGGCGCGCAAGCUCGUGGUGCGCCUCGGCGAGACGCCGCACCAGGACACGACGAACCUGGGCGUGCGCGCCGAGCUGUGCUGGAAUGGCGUGGCGUAGCGCUGUGGUGGCACAGCGUGAGGAGCGACGCAACAAAUCAUCAGAGAUGCCUCACACCCGAGCCUGAGGCUGUGCUCUGACGGGUGCGGGACUGAUGCUUGACAUCUCAUCGCUGUACCCGCCGAGGCGGUGCACUUCGGAGCUUGGCGUACUUGUAUGACACAUGUGUGGGACAGCUGUGUGCUGCGGCGAGACGAGAUGCUGAACGCCAAGAAGCCAUCUGCGAAGUGGCGGUGCGGAAUGCGUGGAC